AUGAAUUACGCUAACUGGCAGACGAAGAACGAAGAUAUCCAUCAACAUCACCAACUGCAACAACACCACAACAAUUUGACUUUUCGGUCACUGGAAUCAAUCUCGGUGAAUGAUAAGUCACCUAUUAUGGAUGCUUCUUCUGGUAUUGAGACUACCACAACGGAUCCAGAGUUGUCGAGGACCUCUUCGAAUCUGAAGUACAAUCCAAAACAAAUAUCAUCGUUUACAAAGCGAGCAGAGCAAAAUAGAAAUGCGCAAAGGGCAUUUAGACAAAGGAGGGAGAAAUACGUUCAGGAUUUAGAAAAAAAGGUGCAAGAAAUGGAUGAGUUGAAAGCAAAGAAUGAAAACUUGAAUAACGAAAAUGUCCAGUUAAAGGAUUAUGUGAUGAUUUUACAAAGGAAAAUCAUUGAGUUGACUCAAGGGAAGGAUUUGGGUCACCAUGAUCACUCUUUAUCAGACCCAUUUAGUACGAAGUAG